GUGUGAACCCCCUGCAUUGUGCUCCGUAGCCUCUCCUCUUUCAACCUCUCUACCUCAAAAUCCUAACGCAACCGCUGUUCCCUCUCUGAUCAAUCUGCGCCUAAAUUACAAUGGCCCCACUUCCAAUCGGACGGGGAAAAAAAAUGCGCGAGAGGAAUAUUAAGAUGGGAAAAUUAGAGGGAAAGCUCUCUAAAGAUGCCGGAGGAGACGACGCCGAUCGAUUACGUGAUGGAGAAGGCCUCGGGACCGCACUUCUCUGGCCUUCGCUCUCCCACAGCCAACUCCGCUCCCGCCGCCUUCGCCGACGCCAACGCUCCCAGGCAGCCCUUCGUCAUUGAUGCUUUUGACACCGAGCAGUUGGUAGAUUGUAUUCAGAAGCUCAAGAGUGGGCAAUCUUACGAAGUUCCCAUCUAUGAUUUUAAGAACCAUCAUCGGUGCUCAGAUAGUUUCCGUCAGGUAAAUGCCUCAGAUGUUAUUAUCUUGGAGGGAAUUCUGGUUUUCCAUGACCAGCGUGUUCGCAACCUUAUGAAUAUGAAGUUUUUGUUGAUACAGGUUAGACCUCGUUCACUUGUUUCUUAUGGUCAUAGUCAUCCUCUUGCAUUAUGGUAGAUUUAUCUUAAUUGAUUUCUUUGUUAACCUGUUGUAUUCUUUUUUAUUCUCCCAAGUCCCAGUUCCUUUUAUAUUAAAGGAUAUUAAUUUUUUUUUUUUGAUCAGCAUAUUAAAGGAUAUUAAUCUUAAUCUAUCACUGAGUUGCAUACAUUUUCAUCUUGCUUUCCGUCUCCUCUCCCUAGGCCAAUGUGCUUAUUUGCUAGCCAUUAUGUCUCACUAUCUUAUUUGGCAAUCUAUCUCUUGUAGAUGCUGAUGUGAGGCUUGCCCGUAGAAUCAGACGUGACACGGUUGAGAGGGGUUGGGACGUAAAGUCUGUACUUGAACAGAUCUGCUGCAGGGUGCAGAAAUUGAAUGCAAAUGAUAUGGUGAUCUUGUAAUCAUGAUGAAUUACAACAAUGUAAUCGAAUGUUUUUUGUGAUUUGGGGCGUUUGCCCUACUCAAGAAUAAGUUUGAGGUGAUGAUCAAAUAGAGAAUUGAGAGCAUUCUUAACAUAUAGAACAAUUUAUAGAUUGUCAAGACUCAGGCUUUAUUCUUAUCUUCAUUGUGAUGGGCUUGUCAGAACUAGGACUGGGAGUUUAUGGAAGUUUUGUGAUCUGGGGUGAUGCUCUGAGGAAAAUCCCACUGUAAUAACCAAGUAUUGUAGAAAUAAUAUCAGUUUCAUGUA